GUAGUUAUUCUGCAUUGACAGCUUUGGUAUAUUUGAUUUACUGUGUUCUACCAUAAGGAAAUCUUGUUUUCUUUGUGAUUUGUACAGUGUUCUUAAGCUUAGUUCAGUAACUUUACACAUAUAAACGUUAAUAAAAUUCAUAAAACAACACUUCAAAAAACGUACGAGCGUAAUUUGUUUCAAUCAUAUGUUAUUAUAACCUAAAUUUUUAUAAUGUCGUCCAAAAAAGGGGAAUUGGUCCGUAAGGAAAAUGCGGUACAAGCUAUAAUUGUAGCGGACACUUUCAACGACGAAUUUCUACCAAUAUCAAAAGAUCUUCCACAUGCGUUAUUACCACUUGUAAAUAAACCUCUAAUCGACUAUACCUUGGAUUUUUUAUCUCUUGGCGGAAUUGAAGAGACUUUCUUAUUUUGUUGCAGUCAUGUUGAUGCCAUUAAGAAACACAUUCAAAAGAGCAUUGAAGCAUCUGAAGGGUGGUCCUUAACUAUGAAAGUUCAUAUAGUGAGUUCAGAGAGUUGUAUGUCCUUUGGUGAUUGUUUGCGAGAUUUGGACAAGAAAGGGUUUUUAAGAGGUGAUUUUGUAUUGGUGGAACCAGGGACAAUUUCGAAUGUGAAUUUAUUAUCCCUUCUUAAAAAACACAAUGAUAUCACCAAAGCUGAUAAAGGGGCAGCUAUGACUUUAAUUUUUCAAGAAUCUGGCAUUGGUCAUCAGGCUAGAUGUAAAAAAGAAGAAGUUUUAAUUGCUACAAACUCAAAAGGCAGAGUUUUAUAUCACAAAAAACUGGGUACUUAUAAAGAACGUAAAAUUGACUUCCCCUUGGAAAUCUUUUUAGAAAAUCACUGUGUUACAUUGAGACAUAACUUGAAAGACACACAUAUUGCAAUUUGUUCUGCUGCUGUUUUACCACUCUUUACAGACAAUUUUGAUUUUCAAACAAUGGAUGAUUUUAUUAGAGGACUGUUAAUUAAUGAGGAGAUUUUAGGAAUGACUAUUUACAGUGACAUCUUAAAGGGUGGACAGUUUGGUGGUGCUGUUACAAAUUGGAGGACUUAUCAAACAUUAAGUAAUGAACUCAAGAACAAUUGGAUAUAUCCCAUUGUGCCAUCAUUUAAGAGGAAUAAAAAGUUGAAUAAAAACGUGAUCGUAGGGUUAAACACAAGCAUUGCAAAGUCUGCAAAACUAGAGGGAGUAAUUUUGGGCGACAAUAUAACAAUUGAUGAGAAUGUGACAAUAACUAACUCUUUUGUUUUUUCAAAUACAAAAAUUGAAAAGGACGUUACUAUCUCUUUAAGCAUUAUUGGUGCUAAUUGUAUUAUCAAACCUAAGAGUAAAAUUCUGGCAGGCUCGAUUUUAGGAAAAAACGUACAAAUUGAAGAAGGAACUUUUAUUGAGGAUGCCUUGGUACAAUAUACACAACCAAGUGAAUAUGAAAAUGGAGAUAAGUUGGGGGAACAUGCAUACAGACUAAUUUUGGAAGAUGAUGAUGCUGAAGACGUGGUCGACUCCGCUUUGGCCAAGAAACUCUCGCGAUUGCAUAUCGAUGAAGACCAUGAAGAGGAAAACGAACACGACGACGGUUUCAGUGAGAGCGAUGACGACGGCUCUGACUAUACGACUCAUUCACCCGCUCCAGACGACACUAAACUGUUCUUUACUGAAGUAAUAGACAGUCUGACCAGGGGUUUCGAGGAUCGACUCCAGUGCGACAAUUUGAUCCUCGAGAUCAAUUCGUCGAGGUACGCGUACAAUGUCACAGUCAACGAGGUAAACUACUAUGUAAUAAAAGCAAUAUUGACCAUGUCUUUGGGACCAUCCUUGGGGCCAUCCAUUGGUCCACAGUAUUUCUCGCACUUGCAGCGAUUAUUGCAAUAUUUUUCUCCGAUCCUCAAGAACUACUUGCGUAACGAAAGAGCUAUGUUGGACUGUCUCCAAGCAAUUGAACAUAUGGCAGUUUCUAAUGAAGAUUUAAACCAGAAAUGGGUUACUUUUGUGCUACAGUGGUUUUAUGAUAAGGAUCACGUUAGCGAAGAUGCAAUUUUGGAAUGGUAUGGAACGUUGGAUAAAAACCAGAAAUUUCACCAGCAAGUUAAGCCCUUCACUGAUUGGUUACAAGAAGCUGAGGAAGCCUCGUCUUCUGAAGAUGAAUAAUUAAAUUUUAUUUUAUUUCUGUACAUACUAUGAAAUAAACCUUUAUUUACA